CUUGAGUUGAGCUUUCAAACGAAACACUUCGGAGCGCAUCGAGAAGUUCGUUCGCGGCCUCGAGGACAGAAGGGAUCGUAAACAUCUGGAAGUAAGAACUCAUUCGUAUAGGGGAGUGUCAAAUGAAAAAGCAAUUUUAAUAUACAAAAAUAAAUACAUAAAAAGAACCAGUAGCUUUCGAAGUGUUUCCGCCUUGGAAAAAAAAAUCUGAAAGCUCCGAGAAGAAAGCAUCUCAAGUUCCAUUAAUACCACAACAUUCUGCUGCGGCGCUUGUGGAGCAAAAGUUGUGAGUUUGUUUCCAGUGAUCGGCGAAAGAAAAGAUCAUAACAGUCGCCCUGCACGAGCUGCUUAAGUGAGAACCUUAAGUGGGAAGUCCGAGGUAAUGUUGCGGAAGAGGGCAGACAGCAAGGCCGCGGCGCUGGGGCUGCUGACGGAUAUCCAGACCUGCAUUAGGACGGACAGUCUAGAGAGCCAGUAUGAGCUGACCGCCAACGAGCUGGGCAGAGGUAAAUUUGCUGUGGUGAAGAGAUGUAUAGAGAAGUUGACAGGAAAAGAUUAUGCUGCCAAGUUCCUGAAGAAGCGGCGGAGAGGCCGUGACUGCAGAGCGGAGAUCAUCCAUGAAGUGGCGAUACUUGAAAUGGCACGGUGGAACACUCGAAUCAUCAGUCUGCAUGAAGUGUACGAAACAGACCACGAAAUCAUCCUGGUUUUAGAAUAUGCUGCAGGUGGAGAAAUUUUCGACUUCUGCGCUUCAGAAGAAACGCUUACAGAGAGAGAAAUCACUCGAGUUCUCUGGCAGACCUUGGAAGGUGUUCAGUUUCUUCAUCAUAACAACAUUGUGCAUCUGGACCUGAAGCCACAAAAUAUACUUCUUACCAGUCAUAAUCCACUGGGUGAUAUUAAAAUAGUGGACUGCGGCCUGUCACGGAAAGUGGGGAAUUCCAGUGAGUUGCGGGAAAUCAUGGGGACGCCCGAGUACGUAGCACCAGAAAUAUUGAAUUAUGAACCUAUUACAACUGCAACAGACAUGUGGAGUGUGGGAGUGAUUGCAUAUAUGUUAGUGACGGGUGAAUCUCCUUUUUGCGGAGAUGAUAAACAGGAAACAUAUCUCAACGUAUCACAGGCCAAUGUUGACUACAGCAAGGAAGCUUUUGAAGAGGUUUCUGAACUUGCAGUAGACUUUAUCAGGAAGCUGCUAGUGAAAUCGCCUGAGGACCGGCUGAGUGCUGCAGACUGCCUAUCUCAUCCAUGGCUGUGGCAGACCCCAGAAACUUCAGAAUCCGACUCCUGUCUGUCCCCGCCAAGGAGAACACCGGGCAAGUGGUCCUGGGAGGAUAAAGAAAAUAUGAUGGAAGAUGGAGCCUCCUCUUGUAAAAGAUUUUGUUUUGAUAGCCUCCUCAGCGGAGAAAGCAUACUUUGAGUUAUCAUUUUCAGUGCUAGCACAUAUUGGUAAAGGUUCUGGAUAUUUGCUCUUUCUUAAAGGGGUUUUGCUGCUAAAAAUAUUAUAUUAACACGGAAACAUAUCCUUGUUAAUAAAGUCUUUUUGGCUGUCAUACUGAAAGAGAACAAAACAAAAGGAAAAUGCAUAAUGGUCGAUAGACUGGUUGUGAUACGUUGCUACUUCUGUCGCAUGAUAUGAAAGUAAUCGGGCAGAAGCUUACUUACUUGUUUACAUGUUAAAAAUGUUCUCCUUCUGUAUCAACCCCAUCGUGUGCCUGUCUGUCUUUCUCUGGCAAGCUGAACUGGGAUUGCACACGCUAGAUUUACUGCACUUUGCAUUAAGUUUAUUUAUGGUUUUGCCAUAAAAUUGCACUUUGAAAACUGGAAAGAAACAUAAAAAGUGGUAUUUGUUUGGUACUUUCAGUGUCUAUGAAGUUUUGAUCUCCUAAACAUUGUACUAAAAUAGUUUUAUUUUGUUUUAUUUUUUUUUUGUUUGUUUUUGCUUACUGCAUUUAUUUCUUUGUUUUACAAGGCACCGUGUUACAAUGUUAUAGUGCAGGUCUCCAGUUGACUUUGUUCUGUUUUAGAGCAGAAUUUCUACGUGUAAAUUCGUAGCCUAUUCAUGCCACUUUGCAUUUGAUAAGGCUGUUACUAUUACCGCCAAACAAGCCUCCAUUCCUUGAAAAAUAACAUUCUCGUUGUCUUCUUCAAUAACGCACUUUUCACAUGGGAAAACCUGGAUUAAUUCAUAUAAUAGGCUUAUUAAGUGUACCGUCAUUAGAAAAGAGGAUAUGUGGAUAUGCAGCAUGCUGUAUAUACAUCUUACAUUUGCAAAAUCUGUUCUAUAGUAUUGAAACAGCAAGCCAUACUUGACAUAAUCAAAUAAAUAUAAAGAGUGAUCCACUUCAUUAAGGAACUUUAUAUUUGCAAAAGAAAAGAGUUCAGGCAUAAAGCUAUCAUUAAAAGUGCACAAUCAGUUAGUCUAUAAAAGUAUAUACCUGUUCCAGAUAGCAGUAUAAUUGAGUAAUUCAAAUAAUAUUUGCUUUCACAAUGUUAUACAUUGUGUAUCAGUGCUGCUAAUGGCACUCUACAGACUAAAGAGUAAAUUAAUUUUAGAAAUUCUAAGAUUAAUUGAUGUUUCUUACAAAUGCAGAAUUCAUUAUUAUUAAUUUAUUGUAAAAAUAAUUAAUAUCAGCAAUUCUAGACUGGUCCUUUAUUGAUCCAACUUGUUAAAAUAAAUGCAUGUCCAGUUUUUAUACUGUAUAUUUCUUUGUUCCUGAAAGUAUUUCUGUACUAUUUUACAUUGCAGUAGUAUGAAACUCCAGUUUAAGUACAGUAUCAACAGUGAAUUUUUCUUAAAUUACUUCUAUCGCUGGCUUUUUAUACUGCUCAUUUGUAUUUGUAUCGUUUUUCACAUUUGUCUGCUACCUCACAUCAUGGACCCCUGUUCUGCCCAUGGCUAGUGAUGUGUGAUCUGCAGUUGAUAUUUCUUUUGUACUGUUAGCUUUUAAACUGUGAGGUUUUUUUUUGAUGUGCAAGUGUGGUAUCAUCAAAGGGAGAGGAGAUGGGUUGGCGAAUGCAACUCCUUAAAUAUUGUAACUGAAAUCUAGAGCUGAGAACCUGACACCUGAAGCCAGUGUGUAGAGGAGGUCAGUUAGAGAUUUCGAUUGAUUCAUGCAGUAUUCAUGAUGCGGCUAAAUAGCAAAUGAUGCAGUUAGGAAGGCUCGUGAUUCAGUGAAGCAGUUCAGUCACAGACAAAAGCUCUUUGUACGUCUCGACUGCCAACUGAAUGCAGCGUAUCUGUGCUGGCUAUACUGGCCUGGCCUUUCUGUAGUUUGUCCCUGUGCUGCAUCCCAUGGGGGUCCCACUAUAAUUCGAGUGCAGCAUGUGUUCCACAUACCUGGUUUGAUUAUGCAGGCCAUCAUCAGGUGGUCUGCCUGGCAGGUGACCUUCGUGUCAGUUUUUACUGUUUUAUUAUGCAAUAAGUGUAAAGUCCUCUCCCCAAGUGCUGAACCCUAACCCUAACUCCAAUAGCUCUCCCGUUGAUGACUACAGUUGGUAAAAAUUAAAAUCGAGGCAUUUUUAAACAUGGCACAAAAAUAUCUGAGUAACCAAUACUACAUAUAGUACUGUAUAUUUUUAAGAUUUAGAAUUAUAUUUAUCUGUAUUGAAGAGUUGAGGCAUUUCCAUCAAAUCAGCUAAUCUGUAAGAGGCGCUGGUCAAGUGCAGAAUAAAUGCCCAGUCUGCAAGUGCUGCCUGCCUGCUGUAAAGAAAUGCAGAUUUCAUUGAGCCCCACAGAAUAUAUGCACAUAAACAUAAAUGUAUCAGGAGAUUAGAAUUAAUUUAAAAGAAAACAUUUAAAUUAGUGAGUUUGAGGCAUCUCCGCUGUUUAAUUCUUGUACAGAAAUACAAAGUCUCGACUAAAGGCAACUUAAUGAUUCUUUUCUAGCACUAAAGUUUGUGUACAGAACAACCCAACCAUCAAACUGUUUUUAUUAUAACAAAAAAUUCAUAUCACUGUACAUCUUUGUUCCUCUAAAUUGUUUUAUUGUAAAGGCAAAUUUACAUUCUAAUUAGAACAAUCUACACUGUAAAAUAUAUUUAACAUAAAAGUUUGAGAUUCUUUUUAAAUGUGGCUUGAGCCUUGAUGUUCAGUAAGUGAAUGACUUGGUUUCUAAAUUCCCCAGUGAUUUUGGCACAUAAGACACAUUACAAAUCACAAUGGCCACAUACUUUAAUAUCAAUAUUAAUACAAUAUAUUAUAUAUUGAGUAUUUUCAAUUCUUUUUUGGGUCUCUAGAAGCAACAAACUGAACUGAAUGUGAUCUUUAAAAAGGAAAAAGGAAGGAAGGAAAAAAAUGCAUUUGUUAGUCUUCCUCAAACAGUUAACAUUUCAUGGAAGAGAGCAAUGAGCUUCUAGAAAGUUCUAGUGUGGAGGAUGAUCACCUUGUAGCACUUUCAUAUUUUUAAUUACCCUGGACCAUCACUCUGACCAUUAUUUUACAGCAAAAGCUGCUAUUUUUGCAAUUGUCAUUUUAUGCUUAAAACAAUGUACUAUUCCUGGGCAAUAAGUUAUUCAAAUGAGAAACCCAAGUGUCUUUGUGAUUUACAGUGCCACAAGUAUGACUCACUAAGUACAGGCUGAGAAUCCCUUCAUCCAAAAUUAGAUUAUCCAAAACGUUUGAAGUGUCCACAUGCAGAGAAUUUCACACGUGGCUUCACUUGCCCAUGAGGCACUCUGACCAAUGUUCCCUUUAUUUAUUUAUUUAUUAUCAUUUUUUGAUCAGCUGAUAUUUACCAUUUAUGACUGAUCUCUUCAGUCCAACAAGAAGUUUUGAGGACCACAAAGCAGCACCACACAAACAUUGAGCAGGGCAGGGGCACGAAACCAAAGGGUGAAAGAUGAGAUAAACAACUGCAUGGCAGUUCAAAAGAGGCUCUGACGCUCUGUUGAUGCCAGCUUGUUACUAACCAUUAUCAUCGCCAGUCUUCCAUGUAUUACUUACUGUGUUUUUGUUAAUUCUCUAUUUUUUAAUUCCCUUUAAUCAAAGCACAGCCUCAUCAGCGUUUGUUGUUGCUGCUACAGGUAUUCUGCUGAUGCUACUGUGCACAAACUUGGUUUCAGGCACAAAAGUUAUUACAAAUAUCUUAUGGAAUACCAUUCCAUCUGUGUGUAUAAGGUGUAUAUGAAACACAAAGAAAUUUUGUGUUUAGGCUUUGAUCCUGUCUCCAAGGUAUCUUAUUAUGUAUAUGCAAAUAUUCCAAACUGAAAAUACCCGAAAUUCGAAACACUCCUGGUCCCAGGCAUUUGGGAUUAAGGAUACUCAACCUGUAAUAUAAAAUAUAAUGCACCUUAUCUCUAAAACAGUAGGCCUGAAAAUCAGAAAUACAGAAAGUCAUAUUUUAAGACAAAAUAACAGAACUUUCUAUGUUGAGGUAAACCUACGAUUAUACCUGAAGAAGUAAGUUUGUUGGACUAUUCUGAGCACCACAGAAUUUUCUAAUGCUUAUCAAGUCCGCUCCCCACAUAAAGAUGAUAUUUCUUGGGCUCUGCUAAAUUUCACAUUGCUGUUUUCUCGCAGCUCCAGACAAUUAGCCGUGGCUGAGAGAAAGCUGCCUGCCAUGUGCGUGUGUCCCAGUGACUGUGUCAAGCUGUUCAAAUAUGCAAAGAGCAAAAAUGUUUGUUUGUAUGCACUAUAUGAGCAAAAUCAAACAGCAACAGCAAGCGUGUCGCUGGUCUUACUUUAGCACGAACAGUGCAUACUGUGCUGCAGACAUAGUAGGAAGGGAAAUUAUAAGUUGCUUUGUUUUUGUGAGGUCCAUUUAAUUAUAUUUUACAGUUAUUACUGAGAUUAUGACUAGCAAUGAACAAAAGGAAAACUAGUGAGUAAAAUCUUAAACACGGCACUGAUUUUACUCGUGAAGUGCCCUCCUUUACAGUACGACAUUACAAGUCCUCCUGGGGCUUUCAAAAGAACUUGUGCCUCUGAAAAGAAGUUUUGUUACAGUAUUUAAGGAGACGUAGUGCCAUGUCAUAUAGUUAUGAGAUGUCUGUAAUGGGCGGUGAGCAAUUCAAGGAGAUUUCAUUAAAACAUUCCGCAUGAUUCACACAAGUCAAGAAUCUGAGGGUGAAGGAGGCCAGUUUCUUCAUCUGAUGUGUAGACCACUUUGAAAGUCUACUAACAAGCUGCACACAUUCGGGGCUACUUUUGAGUGUAACAAAUCCACAUCUGUGUACCCAGGAGGUGCCAACAUAAGUUACCUGAACUCAUGUACUGUAAAUUGAACUCAGACAUGGACCUCAAAAGCCAAUUUAGAACCCAGCCUGUCAAGCCGUUUUUUUUUCCUGUGUUGCAAACCAAAAUGAACACUUUAGAGUUGAUCUUAUCUUUAACUUCUUAUCUGAAAGGUUCAGUUGAUCUGGGCUAAGUUCAGCCAUACUGAUCUUAUGGCUUCUUAAAUAGAAAGGCAAGUAGAAACGGAUUUGAGACGCUUUGCACUUGUUUGCUGCAAAGCUACUGAGUUCGUUCUAUUCAGUGAAGGUCUGUUUGUGUCGUAGUUUAAUGAAUUUCCGCCGCCUUCUACAUUCCAGUCACAACAUGCUCUUACAAUACAAAAAAAACAUACAUUCUUUUGAGAUUUGCACAAGGGCCCUGGUCUAGGUGUUCCUUAACUCUGUCAUGUAAGCUUUACUGUCCGAAAGGCGCUCGGCCUGCACAAGGCAUUUUAAUAGCAAAAAGAAGAACAAUCUCACAGUUCUGAUAUUAGCCAUAGUGUCCGGUUUAAGAAAUAGUAUUUCUUGACUUGAUGUUUCUUAGGAAUCUCGCUUAUUUUUUGGUAAAAUAAACAAUAUUUAUGUGGAAAUAUUAAUGCAUAUAGAUAGGCUGUCAUCAGGGCCGGUGCCUACUUGGCAGCCAUUGCAGCUGAGGGAGGCUUCGGCUCUCUGCAACCUGGUACUGGAAAAAAAUGGGCUCAGAAAACAAAUGGGUGGAUAUUUAUAUGGAGGUGUAAUAUUUUAUUUUAUUGUGUUUUUUGAUGGGCCAUUUUUAACGUUAAUACUUUAUAUGGCGUCAGAUACAUUGCAUAUUCCUUGAUUUUUCUUAUGCAGUUUUGGUAAAGACAUGCAAGCCUAUACUUGUAUUGUACGGGUUGUUUUGCCUCGUGGCAGGCCCUGGGUAAAAUAAUUCAGGGGAGUAUUUCUUUAUUAUGUAAAAUUGCUGUAAAGCCACAAGUCAUUUUUAAAAGUAUGUAUAUUUAUAAUGCAAUAUGUUUAGUAUUUUUAUAAAAUGAAGGGACAAAAGAUUUUAUAGUUGUACUUUUGUACUUUAAAGGCCAUGUUUUACUUACAGGUUGCUGGUCGAAACCAUAAUGAUUGAAAAUAAAAAGUAAAUGAAACAUUCAAGAAA